AUGAUGUUGGCGCUGUUCCUGUCGCUCCUCGCGCUGGGCAUCACUCGGCCCGUGCCCACCAACACAUGUGCGAUCGCAGGCAUGUCGAGCAGCGCCAUCAUGUACACGGUGAAGCAGACGCUGACGGUGUCGGAGGUGCUGGAGGUGCUGCUUCACACCUGGCGAGGCCCUCCUCAUCGUGGGUGGCAUCAGCUUCAUCGUCAACCAGCUCAUCAAGCGCUCGCUCAACCUGGCUGAGGUCAAAGUGGAACCGGUACACUACUUUCUGCCUGUGGUGGUGGUAGGAUCUCUUCUCUUAGGGGUGUUCUUCGCCCUGCUCAUCUGCUUCAUGGAGUCUGAGACCUGGGUGUCGUCCCUCUUCUUCCACAUGAUGAUGGCCGUGCUGGGCCUAGGGAUCCUCAUGCCAUGGCUCUCCCUGCUUAUCCGCCGCCACCCCAUCAUGUGGCUGUUGGACUUUGUGACUCUGAACAACAAGCGUCUGUGCCUGCUGGGCUAUUAGGUGCUGCUGGCCACGCUGGCCACCCUGGUGGUGCUGCACCAGAACUACCAGCGUCAGUCGGGCUCCAGGAAGCACCAGGCCUCUACAGUAGUCAGAAAGUACUGCCACCUGAUCGUAGUGGCCACCUUCGUCCCCGGCCUGGUGUAUGACCGCCAGCUGCUCCACUUGGCGUCUGUGGGCUGCCUCGGGGCCUUCCUGCUUUUGGAGUAUGUGCGCUACUUCCGCAUCCGCCCGUUGGGCCAACUCCUCCACCAGCUACUCACCCUGUUCCUGGAUGAAUGUGAUUCUGGAUUUCUCGUCCUCACCCACAUCUACCUCCUCCUGGGCAUGUCCCUGCCCAUAUGGCUGUUCCCAGGGCCCUGUGCCCCCAAAGGCAUCCUCCCUGGGGCGGGGAGCCUGGUGCCCUACUCCGGGGUGCUGGCCGUGGGCGUGGGGGACACGGUAGCGUUGGUAUUCGGCAGCAGCAUGGGCGAAAUCCGCUGGCCGGGCACCAAGAAGACGGUGGGGGGAACGGCCACAUCGGUGUUCGUUCAGAUCAUCGCUGUGGCCAUCUUCCUCAUCUUCGACCCCGCCAUCAACCUGAACUCCACCUACUCGUGGAUCGUGGGCUCCAUCACCCUGGUGGCCAUGCUGGAGGCCUACACCUCGCAGAUAGACAACCUGCUGCUGCCACUCAUCCUGUUGCUGUUCUGA